UCAACACUGGUGCUGCUGCUGCUGCUGAGCCUUGGCGGAGUAUGUGUGAGUGUGUGAGUAUGUGCGAGUGUGUGUGCUGAUGGUGGACUGUUCCCGGUGAAAGACGCCGAACCCGGCCGCGUGAAAAAUGCCUCACAGCCGCGUGUAAACGGUCGAAGCUCGCGGAGGGGAGAGAGAGAGUCAGGUGUCCGGGCGGCUAGAGAGGAAAAUAUGAGCAGGAUGUUGCAAGUUUUAGCGUGUGGCGCCGUAGUUUUCCCCGGUCUCUUCUUCGCCUUCAGGAAGAUCCUACCGUGUGUGUUCAAACACUGGAGCGAUGCCGACGUGGUACUGGUCAGCGAGAGGCUGGUGUCCUCUAUCCAUGCUGCCAUGGCAACCACAGCAGGAGCCGUUGUCGUGUCAUCAUGCUGCGGCAAUGUCAUUAAUGACAGGCACUGGCUGGCCACCUACUUUGUCAUCUGGUACGGUGUCCCCUACAUGACGUACGACAUCUUUGCCAUGUACCUCAGUCACUACUACCGCUUCCACAUCAAAGGGCACGAGGACUACAAGCAGCAUUCACUGAGGACCAUAAACUCCUUUGUCCGUAAGGAGUUCCUGCUGGUCCUGCAUCACAUCGCUCUGCUCACCAUCCUGCUGCCUGUCACACUGUUCUUUAAACCACCUGUUGGAGGGCUUUUUGUCUUAUUUCUGGUUGAAUACAGUUCCUCAUUUGUGACUAUAGGCAAAGUUCUCCUCCAGCUCAGCCUCCAGGACUCCUGGCUGCACAAGCUCAAUGGCGGGAUGGUCCUCUUCACCUUCUUCAUGUGCCGCAUCGCCCUCUUCCCAUUCAUGUACUGGAUGUACGGCCGUCACUACGGCAUCCCUCUCUACAGCGUGCCCUUCCACCUGCCGCUGUCUGCCAACCUGGGCAACUCGUGCAUCUUGGCGCCGCAGGUCUACUGGUUCGUCCUGCUGUGCCGAAAGGGCUACCGUCUUUACCAGCGCAGCCGCAGCCCGGCCUCGUCUCCCACGGCCGACACCGCCGCCGUCACUGACAGUUCAAAAGAUGAUUGAUACGCGGACCACGACCGCUCGCUCUAGCCACACACUCAGCUACUAACGCUCAGCCCAACCAUCGUACUGUAGUACACCAGGACUGCCUGCUCUCGUUCCACAACUCCCGGGCAUUUUCCGCACACUUCAACCAACUCCUCUGCCUACGUGGACCUCUCCACCUCCAAUCUAACUCUACUACUGAAGUUUAGUGAUUUUAAUUUUUUUGGGAUGUGACUCUGGCCUGGAUCUCGCUGAAGUGCUUCACUGUGUCUGAAUACAUUUACAGCACUGGAAAAAGAAGAAGAAGAAGAAAAAAAAGAUUGUUUGCUGCACUGCGAGUGAAAUGUGGAGCAAACGUACCAGAAACUAAAGAGGAGAUAUGAUCCUUACUCCUACUGUUUACAGCUGCUGAUUGGAAAGUUCUGUUACAGUGUAUGUUUGUGGGUGUUAUGGCUGGUUUUCAUUUAAGAGUAACAUGUCAGAUAGCUGGAUUUCUUUUCAGAUCAUUUUAUUUGUCACGCUGGUGACAAGGAUUGGGGCCUGUGGUGGGCGGCAUGGAAGUUCAGGCAGUAUUAGCAGAGAUAGGAAAUGAGGAAUACGCGUCACCAAGCAGCUACAUCGUUACCUGGUUAAUGUGAUAGCCUCUGACUUUUUACCAGUUUCUCAUAGUGCACGCCAUUACCUACACUCGUGUUUCCACCCUUCAUUUUCAGGUUUAUAGUUUUCCAUUAUCUGUAGGGAACUAUUUUUGACACCAUGAUUAAUUAAGAAAUGGCCCUCUCUCACACAGGGUUUUUUGUUUUGUUUUUUUUAAAGAAAACAGUAAUAUUGUAAUGUCUUGCCCUGAGAUAAUUUUUUCUCAGGUGUGAAGUUCAGCUCCUCAGCAGAUAAAAUUAAAAAAAUCAUACCUGGUUUAAAUUUGGUCGAGGUCAUCUUCUCAUGGAGUUUUUCCUAAAUUUAAGUUCUGGCCACUUUGACUUGUUCCUCCUCGAUGUGUGGUGGCUCUCCUGCAGUGGAUCCAAACUGUAACUGCUUAACUUUUGUUUUGUAUUCUCAGUUAAAAUGGGGAGCAUCGACCUCAUAAGUGACGCCAGCACUAAAGUACCACACUGUCUUUAAAUGGCCACCAGGAGACGACUUUUCUGGCUGCAGAAAGACUUGGAGGGAGGGAUUAGCCCUCACCUCGCUUUCUCUUCGACCGCAAUGCUUUCCUGACGACUUUAUGGGCUCAAGCGCUAGUUUCAGGGUCAAAUUUUAUAGUCAAUCUGAGGGCCUGAAAGAAGGAUUAUCCAGGAUGUGAUCACUUGCUCCACCGCUCUCUCAUCACAUCUGGUUUUAAAGUACCAAGAUUGCGACAGCAGGAGCUCUCAGCUUAUAGCUUGAUAAUUUUGUGACACGAGGGGUGGCUGUGGGGGUGAAAAGGGGUAGACGUGAGAGGAAGUAAAGCUAAUGCAGGACAGUAAAGACACCAGAUCAUCAAAGUAAAACAGGAAAAAACCAAAUGAGAGGUAAACAAGAACUUUUUAAAAAAAAAUUGGUUUAAACUAAGGAUCCUUUUGGGACAUUUUUGGUCGUCCACAAAAAUUAUUGUUAUUUCUCCCUUGUUGCUACACGUCCUGCUCUUCUCACCAGUUAUGAUUCUUGACAAAAAAGUUGGAUCAAUUCAAAAGAAAACCUGACGUUUGUUCACCUUGAGGUUGACGGUAAGGUGUGAGUGGACAGGAAAGGACUUCCAGUGAGUGAUUAAAAAAAGAAAGAAAGAAAGAAACAGGCCCCAACCGAGGUGAAUGGUAAGAUUAGACCAGUGAACUUUAUGCCAGGUAUGAUUUUUUUUGGGGGGGGGGUGGGGGGCUUCUGUUCAAUGCUUCUGUUUUUUGCCUCUAAACGUCACUCAGUCCAGUCUGAUGGGGUGAUGUGGAAGGUACCAUGACGCCCGAUGAAGGUCAAGCGGCUCCCAGCUGAACUCAGGGGCAAGGUCAGAGUGAUAAAUGGAGGGGUGUGGCUCAUCGGGCCAAACAAACCACAAACAAUCAAACAAAUACUUCAGAUUAUUUAUAUGCACUUGUGUAUCAGGGGUUGCACUCAUCACAUAGGGGUUUUUAGAGUUACAUUAACUAUCACUUAAAUUAAAUAUAUAUCCUGACUAGAAUAGAGAGGAUCAUUUUAUUGUGCAAAAUUUCAGUUAUUAUGAAAGAAAUGAAACUUCUUACGAAUUAAUCAAAUCAGAAAACAAAGAAUUCUGCGUAUUAUGCAUUAAAUGUCCUUUUUUUGUUUCCUGUAAAUUCAGUCUAUGCAAAACAAAUGUUGGUGCAUGUAUAACUGAACUAACAUCAGGUCAUAUCAAGCUCAUCCAUCCCUCAUAUGAUGUGCUGUUUGCACAGUUUUCUAGGAAUCUGUGUUUAUCUCUGCUCUACAUUUCAGUCUUAUUACUGAGUCUUAGUUGUUUUAAUUUUUUUAUUUAUUUAUAAUUGCGUAAUGAUUAAAAAUAACUUCAUAUUCAUUGUUAGUUUGUUUUAGUGCACAUGGACACAUUAGAGCUGAAUCAAAACUCACUAAAAAUCCAUUUAAAUGGAACGUGGCGCAGCUUACAGCUAACAGGCAUGAAGCAAACCGCCUUAUGUUAAUCCAGAGUUUUUGUGUCUUUGCUUUAAAAUCUAAAUUGUUGUCUCCCUCUUUUUGGCAGCUUCUGCCAAGCUGUUGUAUAAAUGAUAAAGUAUAAUGUAACAGUAGUACAAGCUGGAGCACAGAAAGCUUCUGAACUCUCUUUUGCCCAGAUUAUUGAUGGGAUCAAAGUGACUGCUCGUGUUAGAAACACAUUCUGCAUGACGGCUCAAAUAUUUUCCCUCUGUGAGUCUGAUCAUCACAACUUGUUGUGAAGGGGGGAGCUAAAGAAGAAGCCUGUUAGCUGAGCAGCAGUGUGGGGAAGAGGAGGCGAGCCGGGCAGCUGAAUGAUGGGCUUGUUUGUCGAGGUCGGCUGGAGUGCGUCAGGGUGCUUUUGUUACUGCAAACAUUCCUCGCUCUUUGUGUUGCUUUUCUGCAUCUUUCAGCUGAAUUUCUCCCACGUUCUCUUUUGACAAUUCUAAUAGUAUUAAAAGAAUUACAAUAUCAGUUUAUCAGCUGUUAUGUUUUUUACAUACAUGUAGAGGGUUUAAACAUUCUCCAAGUCCCAAAAAAAUCAGAUCCAUCCCCAGUUAAGGCAGUGAGUCUGGGCUACCUUAACUCUAUGCAAGUAAAACCGCGCUUCUCAGCAUGUAUUUACACACAAGGUGUUUAUAUUCAUGCUAAAGGCAGAACUACAGUUCAGAACUGUGGAUGUUUUUAUCCCAGAUUCAGGUUUCAGAACUUUACAACUCUCACGCACAAAAAAAUGGAGUGCAUCUAGUGUCUUACACUGCAAGAAGGUGUUAAUAACAGGAGGUUGUUGUUUCAGCACCCUACGCUGAAGAAGACGCGUCUCAGUGGACUAUCUUCUUCCCCACUUAAAUGUCCUCAAUGUCUGGUCUGCUUCUGGGAUGACCUCUGAGAUUGAGAUUAAUAAACUGGGCUUGAGUCUAACAGCUGGUUUAAAGUCUCCACUUUCACUGCAGUUAUAAUCAAUAAGUUCCACUCUACUUAAAGUUACUGUCCCACUGUUUCUGCUCCUUUCAUUUAUUUGAACUCAGCCCCUUCUCUUAGUUUGCUGUGAAGCUAGCAGAGCAGAAUGAGCCCUCACCUCCUCUCUGCCGCCCUCUGCUGUCAGGCCCAUCCAUUGCUUGUCCACUCUGAAGGCUGUGCAGUUGAGAUUAAAGAUCUCAAGUUGUCAGCCAGCGUGACCUCAAAAUGUAGCGGAAAAAACUGACAGGUACAUUUGUUUUCUUGUGUUUGGAGGAGGGGACGGAACAGAAAGAAUUUGCUGUGGGAAAGUGUGUGCUUUUUUUGUUUGUUUGGGGUUUUUGUGUGAUACCCUAAAGUUGAGCCUGUCUUCAUAGCUUGCAUAAAUGCCAUCUUGUUGACUUUUUCUUAAGAGGACUUUUAGAAGAUUGUUCUGAAGCUUUUUUUUUUUUGGCCUGGAUUUGGCCUCUCUGCUAACAGGAUGUUGAAGUUUAGUGGCUUCACUAAUAAAAUUCAGUCUUAGUUUUGAAAGCGUGGGAAAGAUGUUUUAAAAUGUUAAAAAAUUAAAAUAUAUAAACAUUCCAGUAUCCUUAUACUAAAUUGACCCCAAUUUCAAAACCUCAAAUCCUUUAUUAACCGUUUUUCAUCCCCUGUUGGCUCAUUUAUUUUGCUUUUUUCAUAGCCAGGCGACAACAAGCCACAUUACUUUCAUUGCUUGAGAGCGUCACUGCCACAUGAAAUCAUGAGUAGUAUAAAUGCAUAUCUUUCUACAUCUAUCACUCAGUAGGCUCUGAUUAUAGAAGACCAUAAAUUCUCUUUGCUCAGGGUUUGAUGAACUUGUUAGGAAACCAUGUGUGUAAUGUAGAGGUUUACUGUAAGAUAGCGAAGCUAUGAGACUGAUUCUGAAGAGGAUCACAGUGUGCUGUUUAUUUCUACGUGAUGUUUUUCAAAGCAUCAGUUUUCCUUUCAGAUUUUUCUCGUAUUUAUGCCUCCUGACAUGGCUUGUGAUAGUUCAGCUUCUAAGGGUUGGUAAACCAAAGACUGAUUGCAGUAACUAUAGUCAGAUUCUUUUCAGUCUUGUCUUAAUGGCUUAAAGUUACCCACAUGUCACCCCAACUAAAAACCUAACUAACCUCCCAUUUUGUCCUCUUUAUAAGCUCACCAACACUGGGAUGUAUUGGAGGAAAGCCUCUGCGUUCACACAAAGUGGACAGAAGUUUGGGAUCAGUUUGUUGAUUAAGGGAAAAGCUAAUUUUUAGCUCCAUAGUUUUAUUCAUGGGCUCCACCAGAGUAGCUUUGCAUGAUUCACGGUUCAAAAUCAUCCUUGUUCUGUAACAUUCAAGGGUAAAUUAAAAAAAAAAAAAUGUCUGAACGACAUUUAACAUGAGCACCAUUGUUAUGACAGAGAAUCAGGAAAAGCACAAUUGACCCCCCCAUUAGUCAUAAAUUAUUAAUGAUGUUUAAUAGAUGCCUCCCACCAGGUGCAAUCUGCUUGAAAUCAAAGUGGUUAUCACCGAGUUAAGGGUAUUGCAUGCCUAACCUCUGGGCAAAAUUCAGUGCAAUCACCAGGCAUUGCUGGUGGUUGCCUUGAUAAUUACAUAAGCAAGACGUUUCUGUUCAUCAAACUAGACACUGAUGUACUUGUCCUCUUGCUUUCCCACAACUUUUUCACUGUUUCUGUUCUGUUCAAGGCAGCUGUUUUCAGCUUUUCUGUUUUAUAUAAACUGUGAAUCAAUUGACUUAGAAUACUCUUGAGGUGUUUCAGAAGAAAGCUAUUUCUCUUUGGCUGUUUUGCGACUGCAGCCUAAAGAUUCUCAACAAAGGUACUUUGUUUCAAAAACAAAAGCAUUUUGAAGUGACCCUAGACCUUUUGGGAGCAAUGUGCUUUAUCUUUUUAGCACAGUGGCUGAAAAGUCAUUGCUAAUGUUAUGUUUGGACGCAUUAAUACAAAAAUCAUAUUAACUUCUUAUAUGUAAGGUUGUAUUUUAACCUUGGAACACCUGUUCUAUGGUUAAACUGGGAAUAUGGUCAUUUAAUCCACCUUUGAACAACACUGGAUCCAUUGGACCAGGCUAAUGCUAGCAUAGGCUAACGCUCGUCUAAGCUAGUGGUAGCAUAGGCUAAUACCAGUAUAGUGCGUUCUAUUGUCUUGGAAGUCUGAGCUGGGAGUGAUGUCAUUUCCAGUAGUAAAGUCAUAACAGCAAGACAAAAAAAGGAUUUGUGUUGCUCCUUGGUAAGGUAGAAUCAUACUUCAAUAGCAAUACAGGGAAAUGUACCACUGCUGUACUUGCAUGCAUACAGUUUGAGUAGUGCUCUGCAUAUGAUUUAUUUAGUGGCAACGCACAUUAAAAGUUUUAUAGUUUUAUCACUUUUUACAUUCCCCUGGAUAAAGUUAGCCCUGUUGGGGCUGCUCAGACUUUCCAAGUUGAUAAUGUGAUGUCAGGGUGCUGUGGCCAGCUGAAAAGUCUGACUUCUAAUUUUAAAGUACAAUGGAAUGCACUAUAAGCUGGUCGCAGCAGAUGGUAAGCAUGAUUUCAAGCUAAUAUAGACAAACACUGCUAUAAAAUAUGUAAGCUAGGGGUAGCAUAGCUUAACACUAGCAUAGGCUAAUGCUUUUUUAAAGUAAUGCUAGCAUAAACCACUAUAAGCUAGUGAUAGCAUAGGCAAAUACUGGCAUAGGCUAAUGUUCUUAUGCUAGCAUAAGCCAGUACUGAUAAAAGCUAACAAAGUCCUACAUAAUGCUGAGUAAUAGCUGCCUUUUUCUUUUUUUUUUUAAAUGUUGUUGUUUGAGACAGAAUACUCCAUGUUAAUCAUUUAACAUACACAACAGUGCUAUAAUAUUGAGUGGCUGUAGACUGUGAGUGAUUGAAGCUUCAAGUUAACCCUUAAAUGUCUUUUCGCAAACUGUCAAGUUUCCAUGCUAAUAAUUUAGCUUUGGCUACUAAUUUGUUAUUUAAAGAGAGAAUUUAGCGGCCAAUUUCUAUGUUACUAUCAUGUUCAUGUUAUUUAAAGGUCAAAGUUGUGGAUCCUUGAAAUACAAAUGGGGACAGUGGGGUCUCUUCAGGUCUUGUGACAGAGGAUGUGGUAGUUUGCUGCUUUCUUUAGUCUCACAUAUCCAUAUAUCAGGUUUAAACCUUCUCUUUCUGACUGGAGCUGGAGGAGGUUUAAAAUAAACUGUUGGUUUAAAAGCUACGAUGGGUUUUUAAAUUCUAACCAAAUAUUCUCAGCAAUUUAGAUGAAGAUUAUGUGUGCUGGAUUUGGGGGUAAAUUUAACAUUAGAAAACAAUAUUUUGCUGUUUCUUCUGAUGAGAUGUCAAUAAAAUAUAUUUAACCAUAAAGAUACUGAACGGGUUAGAAUAUUGAGCACUGCAAAAAGGAAAACUGUGUUGCUGGUACUGAUUUUCAUCUGUGGACAGUGAACCAAACUUGGUCUCCAGUGCCUUGUGAAAAAUCUAUUUGUGACACCCAUAAAAACUCAGUUAAAAAAAAAGAGCUAAGAUGGCGGGCAGUGUUUACAGGUUGUGGCUGUAUUUGUCAUGUUUGUUGUUGUCAUCCUCAAAGAGAAAUUCUAUUUCAGUUAUUUUUGGUCUUCACAGCAAUCAUUAAGACUUAUCUAAUAGAAGCAAGGUUUCAGAAGGUAUAAAGUUGGCCUGUGAUGCUCGUCUGUAUUUCUAUUCUUAUGUUUUUCUCAAGUUACUUUGCAUGAUUCAGGGUUCAAAAUAAUUAGCAUAUGUUGUAUACUUGGCUCUUGAGCAGUGAUACUUCCUGCCCCUUUAAAUGAACUUUUCCCCUCCCACAAGUGGGUGGGGCUUCUUUACUUACCAUAUUAGGGAUGUCCACCAAUGAGAUAAUACACAGCCAGGUGUGAAAAAAAACAUUUUAAAACCAAAUGUUUAAAGCAAAACUGAUUCUGUUUUACAUCAUUAUUUCAAACUUUGAUCAUGUUAAGAGCAAAGAAAAUAGAUGGCAGAAAAUAUGGAAGAGCAUAAUAGGUUCACUUUAAACAAUCUGAAACAAACCACCACACGUAUAUCGACAUGUCUUCAGUACACUUUAUUUGAUCCUGCUGAAAUUAUGGCAUUUAUGUAAUAAAUAUUCUGAUAUUUAGCAUUUUAUAGUAUUUCAUUAGUACUUGAACCAUUCAAAUGUCUCUCAUAGGCUUAAGUUUGUUUGCAGUGUUUUCAUCGAUUUAGCGAGAUGUUUCUGUUUUAGAAGUUUGGAUUGAAAUCUUUCUGUCCAUAUCACUGGCCCUUCCUGAUUGACUUAAAUGCAGCACUUUCACAACCUUUAACACUUCCUGCCCUGCAUUAUUUUUGAUAACAUUCUAAUUUUUCAUACAUGUAUAUCAGGAUUGAUGUAUCUGUCCUUUCUUUUUUGUAGUGUGACCGUUCGUUUUUUUGUUUGUUUUUUCGGGGAGGGGGGGUUGAGGAAAUUUCCUAUCUGAAAAUGAGACUGGAGUGUUUUAUGAGAUAAUAUGAGGAGUCAUGUAUUGUUGCAGCUUGUGAAUUCAGAGCACCCCUUUAAAAUUCAAUAAAUUUGAUUUGGUAGACUGUUUUGAA